CCUCCUGCUAGGGGACUAUGCUCGCCGCUGCGCCCGACCGGGCCCGGGUCCCCAGGCAGUCCCGGGAGGAGGCGCAGGGAGUCGACCCAAGAGAGCGAGCGACCGAGCGAGCAAGCCAAGGAGCGGGCGCCCGACGUCCCCGGCGAGUUCGGCGCGGCUCCGAGCGCUCCCAGCCCUCCUCCCCGCGCGCCGCGGCCGCCGCGCUCUUAAAGGGCCAGUGCGCUCCCAGAGCGCAGACCCGGGGCGAGGGUGGGGGGCCGGGGACGGUGUCCCACCCCGAGGCUUCUCAAGAGCAGGUGCGGGCGGCGGAGGCCCAGCAGGGGGCCACUGGAAGACAUGAGAAGGUUCCGGGAAGCACUCAGUGUCACAGCAGAAGGCCUCAGUGUCUGCCUAUGCCGGCAACUCUUGGUGGGCUCCUGGAUGGGGGCUGAUCACAGAAAGAGCAAGGCAUGAUUAGAAGCUGGGGACU